CAAGCGAGCUGUCGCGAAGAGAAGCAGCAGUUGGUGAGAAAGGGGGUGAGCUGCAGAGCCACAGCUUCACAAAAGCACUUUUUUUCUCUCUGUCUGUGACCUGGAGUGGUUCUAUUUUAAGGGAGAAUAGUCCCUCCUAGGACGCGACUGGAUUCUUUUUGCGAUUCCCUCCGCCUAAUGUGAGAGCGGCUAAUAAUACUGGAAGCGCAAACAAAAGCGAUGGGAACCUUUGGAGUGUUAGUAGGGAUUUUACAUUACGCGGGACUCUACAUCCAACUUAGCGCCUCGUCCAGACAAGGCGGUCACGCUGAGGUGGAGAACCGCAUCUCUGGAAACGCACUCUUCACAGAGGUCCCCCAUGACAUCACGACGCAGAGUGGCCGGGACGUGGAGAUGGCCUGCUCUUUCCGCGGGGCCGGCUCCCCCUCGUACUCCCUGGAGAUCCAGUGGUGGUACAUCAGGAACCACAAAGAGUGGACAGACAAGCAGGCCUGGGUGACCAAUCAGGUGGUACCCCAGGAAGAAGUCUCAAAGGAUGCCACCAAAAUAAGUGUGGUGAAGGUGGCUGGAAGCAACAUCUCCCACAAGCUGCGGCUGUCCAGCGUCAAGCCGUCGGACGAGGGCACCUACGAGUGCCGGGUCAUCGACUUCAGCGACAGCAAGGCCCGGCACCACCGGGUCCGCGCCUACCUGCAGGUGGAGCCGGAGCGGGACGCAGCCCUCCGCCAAUCAGGGACCAGCGCCCAGCCUCCGGGAGGCCUCCAGCCGGAGCACCCCAAGCACUCGCCGGCACACAGCCAUCACAAAGCGGGCAGGGAACUGAAGAAGCGUUCCGCAGACAGCGCCAAUGACUGUACUGACAGCUCUGUGCUGUAACCCCGCCCCCUCUGUGCUGUAGCUCCGCCCACCCCAGCCCCAAGGCCCCAGGGAGACACCCCCCUCUCUGUGCGUUGUGUAAGAUAAAGGAUAAAAAAAAGGAGUGCAUGUUAUCUUUCUAUGAAUGUUUAUCAUAUAUACAUGGAGAGGCAGGAUACACUGGGUUGCUUUUUUUUGUUUUUUUGUUUGGUUUCUUUUAGUUGCUUUUUUUUUAAAAUAAUCAUUUUGCUUCUGAGAGGCAGAGGGCAUCGGCAUGAUGAUUUCUGAUUCACAGUGUAUUCCUCAUUGCUGCUGAGCAGGUCACUUGUUUUCUGCUUUGUCCAUGUUUUUAUGACUCUGAAGCCAGGGUGAGGCCUACCGGGACAAUAUUUUGUACAGUGCGUUGGGGAAAAAAAAGAGGCUGUUCAAUGUCU